UCUUGACAUAAGGGGGAAGAGAGGCCAUCUUUUUGCUAGUCAUUUGUAAUUAGAAUCCAUUGAACAGAAGCCCCCCUUUUCUUCUCCAAGUCCAAGCAUAAAUGGCUAAGGAGAUGAAGAAUUUGACUGGAUGGAUGGAGGUUCUUCCAGCCCCCAUCAUUUACCCACAAAAGCCUUCGAAUUCCCCUGGUUUGGAGACAAUUUUCGAAGAGAGCAUCGAAGAAUCUGACGACGAUUCAUAACUUUUUAAGCUCAUCUUGAUUCUUUGGUUAUGGAUCCUUGAUGAUCACAUAUUUGAAAAUGCUUUGCUUUGGAUGUGUCUCGCUACGCCUCGGCAUU